AUGGUGUCUAGAUACGACCUGAUUAUUAUCAAACAAAUUCCUAUAACGAAAUUGUUGCUCCAGUGCUACGUAGAGAGUAAACUGAAGAUAAACGUGAAGAUGAGCUCCGAGACGGAAACUAUUGCAUUGACCGGUCGCGGGAUCGAAAAGAAUUUAAACGUGGUAGAAUCCAACAUCCGAUUUGUGCCGACUAUACCUUUUACGGAAAUUCAAGAAGUGAUUUUCACAGUAGAGAACGCGUGCAACUAUCCAGUGGAAUUUUUCUGGCACCACUUGGACGAAACAUUUCAGAUGGAGGAGUACAUAUCGCGAGUCCUACUGUAUUACUACGACACGAAGGAGAUACUAUUGCCUCCCAGACAGCCCGGCGAGCCGAUAGCCUGGCAGUUGGUGCAAUUUUACAACCAGCUGGUGAACGAGAUGGCUCACACGUUGAUCGCCGACAAGCUGGAGGAGGAGGAGGGCCUGCUGGGCGAAGAAGACGUGCAAUUCAAGGGCCUCGACAGGAAGAGAACGGAGAGGCGGGGCAAGUUUACGUUCAGGAAGAAAUCGAGGAAACGAAUCGGAAAAGCUAGUCGCCGGUUUACGGCGAGGAAGAACACGGCUAGGUCCAGUCGCCGUGGUAAGAAGAACGACGCGUUCAGCGACGUGUCCAGCGUCGAGUCGGACAGGAAGGACUGUCCACAUUUUAUGGACAUGGACGAAGCCAUGGCGGAACCUGUUCCCUUACCCACCAAUGAUCCCGACGAAAUUCAACAGUUGCUUUAUUGCUACAUAGACACUCUGCACAUGGAGCCAGAUUUCCAAAAGAGAAUGAAAGACCCGGUGCAAGAGCUUUUCGAGAGCAUCGAACCGAGAUCGAACGCGUUGAACGAUCUGCAGGACAGCGCGACACCGGAGAAGAGAGUUUGCAUCAUUUUUCACGGAGCUCCUUUCACCGAGUAUCAGGAAACUGCGUGCAGGAGUGCCCGAGUGCUCGGCGUUCCUGUUCUCAGCAUCGACAAAGCGAUCACGGAAGUAAUAGGGCUCGGCGAAAGCGCUUGCUGCAUUCAGCUCAGGCAGAUCAUUGACGACGCGUACGAGAAUUAUACACAGGCUUACCAAGCAUAUUUGCAAUUGGUCGAACAGGAAGGACUCGAAAUUGAAUCGCCAUCGAGCGUAGGAAGUCCGGAUAGGAAGAAGCGAUCGCCGCGUGCCAAGUCGUCGAAAUCGGGUUCUUCGAAGAGCCCGAAGAGAAGCAAAACACCGAAAUCUGUCCAGACCGAGGAAUCAGAGUUGAAGGAGGAGUCGCUUCUUCCGCUUCGCGCGGAUCCUGACCUAUCGAAGGAGUUCGAAAAGAUCCCUGCCUCCGAUACACUGGAAAUGCUGGAUCCGUUGAGCAGAUACGAGUACAAAAUCCAAACCAUUUUGUUGCUGGAGAAAAUAGUAGAUCCGCGUUUAACUCGCGAAUCGCCGAAAGACAAAGGCGACAAGAGUCCGAGGAAACCGGAGACGUUCCUUGGUAUCAGCGACGAACUGAUUUCCGAAGCGCUUCAAGAAAGAUUAUCCGCGGAGGAUUUCAAGCCGGGUUUCGUGGCGCAGAGCUUGGAAACUAAUUUCCUGCGAAGCAACACGCUAGAAGCUUUGCUCUCCUUAUUGCGGAUCAUUGGUCAUGUCGAGUACCUCCUAUUCGUUACAUUCCUUAACUCAUUGCCUUGUUACAAUAACAAACUUCAGCAAAUUCAACGGAAAAUCGCGGAACAAGCGAUCGAUCCUGUUCGGAAGAUCCAAGAGAUCGAUCAGAUGUCGUUGUCUGAGUACGAACAGCUUCCAGAGGAAGACAGGAAAAUGUAUUUGGACGCAUUGUUGCCAAUUAAAAAAGAGGCGGCUGAGUCCAGACGAGCUCGCUCUAGAAACGGGAAGGUAGCUAAGAAGAAGAAAAACGAGAAGCCAACGAAACGGUCGGCAAAGGGAACAGGCAAGAAGUCGCCGAACUCGAAACCAGCUUCCAGCAAACGCGACACGAGCAGAGCGACGAGGAGCAGAGACAGCACGAAACGAAGAAAGGAAGACGUGUCUAGUGGACUGAAGAGGGUCAUGGUAGCCAUGGAUCGAUAUUACUCGGAUCUCUCCUCGAUCGAGAACGUGAUUCGAAAUUGGGAUCCCAUAAGAAAGAUUCUAGAAACGCCUGCCACAACGAAGUCUAGGAUGCCAAGAAGUGGCAGAUCGAAAGAAAUGGGUGUUUCGGGCACAGUCAGAGAAGUAAUUUUUGUCUUCCUCAAAGAUUAA